UUCACAGCGCCGGGCUGUGGACGUGGAGGCUCCCAGAACCCACCUGGACCCAGAACCCACCUGGAUCCAGAACCCACCUGGACUCAGAAACCCACCUGGAUCCAGAACCCACCUGGACUCAGAACCCACCUGGACUCAGAACCCACCUGGACCUAGCCCUCCUCUGGACUCAGAACCCACCUGGACCCAGAACCCACCUGGACCCAGAACCCACCUGGACCUAGCCCUCCUCUGGACCCAGCAGGUUUUCACCUGACCCGGCCCUCAGGUGUUUUCUCACCUGUCCAUCAGAGAUGAGUUCAUCCAGCAGCAGCUGACGAUCACAUGAUGUCUGCCGUGGCCCCGCCCUCAUCGGCUGAAGGCCACGUGGUGCCUGCCGUGGCCCCGACCUCAUCGGCUGAAGGCCACGUGGUGCCUGCCGUGGCCCCGCCCUCAGUGGCUGAAGGUCACAUGAUGUCUGCUGUGGCCCCACCCCCGUCUGAUGACCCCCCGGGUGAAGUGACCUGGUCCCAGACGGGCGAGGAGUUGCUGCCAGCAGACGGCAGCUUGAUCCGCGAUGGAGACGUUGAGGAAGUGCAUUUGGAGAGACGGUGGGUGCUCUGGCAUGACUUCAUGAAGGAACAUGCUCACCUGGACGCUUGGCUGCGAUUGGCUGAACAGGCCGUCUCUUCCUCAAAGCCCGCCCACUUUACCUACGCCGCCGCCAAAGAGGAACUGAGGGCGUUUGAGAGGCUGCGGCGGGAGGCGGGGCUUCGGCUGGUCCAGCUGGACGGCCUGACGCGGAGGAAUCGGACCCUGACUCGGCUGUUUGAGGGCGCCAUGCGGGCUCGACUGCUGGCGGCGGCGCGAGACUGCGGCCGGCGGUGGGACGACGUGAACGGCAGACUGGAAGCCAUCGUAGGAGGCCUGCAGGUCUUCAUGUUGGAGUGGGAGGAGUUUGACGACCAGAGGGAGGAGCUUGCGCUGUGGUUGGCUGACAUGGAGGUCAGCCUGUCGGAGGUGGAUCAGCUGAGAGGAAGCAGCUGUGAGAAGCUGCGGCAGCUGCAGUCGUUCCAGCAGCGGGUGUGUGUGAACUGGGCCCGGGUGAGCGGCCUGCUGCAGCGCGGCGAGGCCUUGAUCCAGCGCAGCCAGCCGCCGGACGCUCAGCGGGUGGAGAGCCACCUGCUGGAGCUGCUGAGGAACUGCAACCGCAUCUACAACAACAUCUCACGCACACACACACGGCUGCUCAGCAUGAGACUGGUCUUUGAGGACGACUGUAUUCUGUCUCAGGCCACAGACUCAGGCUGUCCCUCCGAGUCUUUUCUGGAAGAAGAAGGAGCGCUUCAGACGCUCCACCUGGACGUCCCUGCAGCGCCGAGCUCUCCUCAAAGUGUGAGACGCUGUCCCCUCCAUCAGCCUCCGUCCUCGCCGUCCCCAGAGCAGCAGUUCCUGGAGUGGGACCCGUCGGUGGACGUGGGACGCUCCCUGUCCCCGGACGACGCAGACUCCUCCUACUGCAGCGCCAGCACUGGUCUGUGUCGCGGAGACGGCGCCCUGAAGAGGUGGAGCCUCCUGGGUUCUCUGGACUCUGGGUCCAGCGACAGCGUGGACAUGAUCCAAGGCAGUCUGGACCGGGUCCUCCCUGGGAUAGGGGAACAGGACCAGGACCGCUGGACCACCUCCACACCGGACCGCCUGGACGGCGAGCCCGGGUUCUUCCCGGGAGGCCGCGUGGAGGCGUGGCUCGGAGUGCAAAGCCCCGCCCAGUCCCAGACCAGGACGUCCCGUUCCAGAGCUGUGCAGACUGAUGAGAACAAGCAGCUGGAGGCCACGCCCCCCUCUGAUUGGACGUCACUGGGGACCACGCCCCCCUCUGAUUGGAUGCCGCUGGGGGCCACGCCCCCCUCUGAUUGGAUGACGCCUGGCUGUCUUUCAGGUGUCCAGGCCGAAGCGGAGUCGACUUGCCAGGAAGCUGAGCGUCUUCCCUCCGAGCAAAGCUCCUCCCGUUACCCCCCCUGGUGCCCCCCCGCCCUCCUGUACCUGCUCCUGUCUGUGGCCCUGGUCCUCCUGGCCUGUGUGUGGUGGCUGUUCUCCGAGCCGUCGUGCCGCCGCGGCGUCCGGCUGCCGCGCACCAUCAACCUGGCUCUGAGAUAUGUGAACGGUCCGCCGCCCACCUGAAGUCCCGCCCACCCGAAGCCCCGCCCACCCACUGCCCCGGCCCCUCGGAGGUUUGACCUCACCCAGCCUUCAGUCUCGAAUGUCGAACGCAGCUUCUUCACUGAUGGAGAAGCUGAAGGUUCCACAGCACAUCAUGUUCCUCAUCGAGUCCCACACUUCUUCCACUUCCUGUCCUUUCCUGUUCCACUUCCUGUCCUUUCCUGUUCCACUUCCUGUUCCUCUGAUUCCAGCUUGAGGAAACACUGAUUGAUUUGAAUAAGUUCCAGUUUGUUACCAUGAAGCAGCUUCAGAACCUUCAGCAGAACCUGAUGUUCCUGAACGAGGGGGAAUGGUCGCCCAGUCUCCGCUGGCUGCUAGAACGCUAGAACGUUCCUGUCAGAACGAGCCGCCGUGCAGCCGCCAGCGUCACAACGUUCCACGUCUGACCUGAAAUCAGGAAGCACCUGGAGAGUGGUCACUCCGGCCUGACCCGCAGCGGAGCCAGCUGAAGGUUCUGGAAGAACAUCACUGAGGUUCUCCUCAGAACAGCCGCUCUGCUCCACUGUCUGUUCUUCAUGAUGUCUGUAUUCCGUCCAGUCAGGGUUCUGCAGACGGAACGAAGAAGCUUUCAGUCAGACGUUUUGUUCUCUAGAACAGCUGCUUUUACUUUGAAACAAAAUGUUUUUCUGGAUGAAGAUGUUUUAUUUAGUUUUUAAUUAUGAAGUGAGGAAAAAAGAACCAACGGCUCCGUUUGAGUGUGUGUGUGAGUGUGUAUGGUUUCCUGUUGCGGAUGUGAACCUGCAGACUCGCAGCAGAACCAGAACCAGGCCCGGCUCCAAUCCUCUGGCUCGGUUUCCUGUCGGGCAGCAGAGUGAAUCCGUCCUCCGUCGCUGGUUUUAACCUUGAAGACUGCGCAGAAACAUUUCAAGGCUUUUUGAAGACGUUUUUCAGACUUUUUGGGACAUUUGAUAUGUUGACUCUACAUUCAAUGAAACGUUUGUUGUAAAAUAAAUAAAAUGGAUUG